UAUUAUGUCAGUUAAAAAUCUUAAUGUCGAUUUGGCUGCAUUAACCACUGACCCGCUAUCCAAAUCCGCCUUCACUAUCAAAGAUUUGAUCGAUUUAAAUGAUCCAAAGCUAUCUUAUAAACUGAACCUAUCAGUAAUUGGGUUUAUAGAUUUAAAUGCCUUUUUCGCUCAAUGUGAGCAAAUUCGUCUUGGUUUAGACGAUGAUGCUCCGGUAGUUUGUGCCCAAUGGCAAUCAUUGAUCGCAGUAUCUUAUCCAGCAAGAAAAUUUGGUAUAAAUCGAAUGGAUACUAUUCAGUCAGCUAAAAAAAAAUGUCCAAAGUUAAUCAUCGCUCAUGCUGCUGCUUUCAAAAAGGGUGAAGACCAUUGGCUGUACGUGAAAGGUCUCCCGGAUCAAACUGUUUAUAAGGUUUCUUUAGAUCCUUAUAGACGUGAAUCUCGAAAAAUUAUAAAAAUUUUGAAAGAAGGUUGUGAUAUGGUUGAAAAAGCAAGUGUCGAUGAAAGUUAUAUGGAUUUUGGUAGAUUGGUUUAUCUGAAAAUACUAUCUUUUUUCCCCUUUCUUCAAGAUUUAGUAAGAGAGCAUAAUCCUGAUACUUAUUUACCUCCUAUACUGAAAACUUUACCGGAAUCUCUAUAUUGGGUUGGUGAUAUCUACAAAACCCCUGAAGAAGAUGCUUGGUUCUCGGAAUCUCAGGCUGGAGCUGAACCAAAGCCUGUAAUCAAUGAUUGGGAUGAUAUAUGUCUGGUUAUCGGAUCGCAAAUCCUAUAUGAUUUAAGGAAUCGUGUCUUCAAGGAUCUUGGUUAUACAACAUCUGGUGGAUUAGCUCGUAAUAAAAGACUAGCCAAAUUGGCUGGUGGGUUUAUUAAACCGGAUAUGCAAACUAUUGUUCGAAAUAAACUGAUUUAUAGAUUUUUAAACAAUUUUGAACUCAUCGAUAUAACUGGAAUGGGUGGUAAAACUGGUGACGUUAUUUUAUCAAAAUUUGAUGUUCCGGGAGAUAUAAAUUCAAUUAAAUUUUUACGAGAACAUUUCCUGUUAGAUCAAUUAAAACAAGAAUUACCAAAUGACCACCCAUUAGCAGAAAGAGUGUUUAACUUGGUGAGGGGUAACUAUAUUGAAGAGUUAGUAUUACGAACAUCAGUCAAAUCCAUGAUGUCAAGAAAGAAUUUCCUCGUUAAUGCUUUUGUUGAUAACAUAUAUGACACUUGCGACUGGUUGAAAGUGUUUGUGGGAGAUUUAUAUAGCAGACUAAUCGAAUUAGAUGACGAGAAUCUAAACUUAUCCAUGCUGCAGCUUGAUUCCGACCGUGAAAAAGGCUCAAUCAUGAGACCGAAAACGAUUAGCAUUCAAUUAACUACAUCUUCUUAUACAAAACUUUCAAAACAAACUCCAAUACCAGUAUCAAGAUCUCUCGAGAAGCUAAGAGUGUCAAUGACAAACUUGACUUUUAGAUUACUACUUGAGUUAUUGGAAAAUUCAAAUGUUCCUUCCUUGAACAAUGGUAAGAGGCCAAGAUUACUCAAGGUCACCGAUUCGAUGGAUGUUUUGAAAAAUUACAAGAUUAUGCCAUUGGCUAAUUUAUCAGUGGUUAUAUCCAAUUUUGUCAAGACCACCGAUUCAAAUCUAAUUGACUCGUAUCUUGGUAACCCCAAUAACAAAGGUUUGUUAGCUAAGCAAGACAUUGAAAAAAUGUUUAGUGAAGUUAACACUGAACAACCUAAACAAGCUUUACCUGCUCCAAUUGAAAAGAAAAGUAAGAAACCGGACCAAGCAUACGUUAAAAAGUUAUUUGAGGAUUUUCAAAUCAGUGAAAACGAAAGAAAAGAAGAACAGGCUCAAAUUUUGAAAUCCAAAUCAGCUUCUCCAGCUCCUCAAUUCAAAGAAGACAAAGAAUACAUCAAAAAGUUAUUUGAUGAAUUUGAGUCCAGUAAUGCACCAGUGGACCCACCCAGAAUUGCACCUAAAUCCAAACCUAAAGUAGAUUCAAACCCGCCAGAUUCUAAUUAUAACGUCUUAAAUACUCUCCGAUCGUCCUCAAGCCUGUCGACUUCAGAGGAGUCAAACAAAAGCUUACUCGAGAGACUUAUUCGAACCAGAUACUGUGACAAAUGCCAUAUCCCAGUUGAAGAUGUAUUUGAACAUGUGGACCUCCAUUAUGCUAUGGAACUCUCCGAAAAAUUAAAUGGGACAUCAAACCAAAACGAAAUAAAUCCUAAACCAGAAAGUAAUAAAAGAACAAGCCAUCAAAAUAAACAAGAAAAUCCAAAAAAGAAAAAACUCGACAAAGGACAAACAAAGCUACCCUUCUAAUUUAUAUUUAUUCUCUAU